AUGCAGCCGGCGACGUCCCGCCUGCUCAAUCUGCUGCUGCUGUCGCUGCUGUCUGGACUGGGUCCUUCCAAGACGCAGGUCAGCCCCAAGGAGGGGUGGCAGGUGUACAGCUCCGCGCAGGACCCCGAUGGCCGAUGCAUCUGCACAGUGGUGGCUCCGGAGCAGAACCUGUGCUCCCGGGAUGCCAAGAGCAGGCAGCUGCGCCAGCUGCUGGAAAAGGUCCAGAACAUGUCCCAGUCCAUUGAAGUCUUAAACCUGAGGACUCAGAGGGAUUUCCAGUACGUUCUCAAGAUGGAAACCCAGAUGAAGGGGCUCAAGGCCAAGUUCCGGCAGAUUGAGGAUGACCGGAAGACACUCAUGACCAAGCACUUCCAGGACCUGAAGGAGAAGAUGGACGAGCUCCUGCCGCUGAUCCCCGUGCUGGAGCAGUACAAGACGGACGCGCGGCUCAUCACGCAGUUCAAGGAGGAGAUCCGGAACCUGUCGGCCGUGCUCACGGGGAUCCAGGAGGAGCUGGGCGCCUACGACUACGAGGAGCUGCACCUUCGGGUGCUCAGCCUGGAGACCCGGCUCCGUGACUGCAUGAAGAAGCUCACAUGUGGCAAGUUGAUGAAAAUCACAGGCCCAAUUACUGUCAAGACGUCUGGAACCCGAUUCGGUGCCUGGAUGACUGAUCCUCUAGCAUCCGAGAGAAACAACAGAGUCUGGUACAUGGACAGUUACACUAACAACAAAAUAGUCCGUGAGUACAAGUCCAUGGCCGACUUUGUCAGCGGGGUUGAAUCAAGGACCUACAACCUCCCUUUCAAGUGGGCGGGCACCAACCACGUGGUCUACAACGGCUCACUCUACUUCAACAAGUACCAGAGCAACAUCGUCAUCAAGUACAGCUUCGACCUGGGCCGCGUGCUGGCCCAGCGCAGCCUGGAGUACGCCGGCUUCCAGAAUGUCUACCCCUACACGUGGGGUGGCUUCUCCGACAUCGACCUGAUGGCCGACGAAAUCGGGCUGUGGGCCGUGUACGCCACCAACCAGAACGCGGGCAACAUCGUCAUCAGCCAGCUGAACCCAGACACCCUGGAGGUGGUGAAGAGCUGGAACACGGGCUACCCCAAGAGAAGCGCCGGAGAGUCCUUCAUGAUCUGCGGGACCCUGUACGUCACCAACUCCCACCUGACCGGAGCUAAGGUGUACUAUUCCUACUCCACCAAGACCUCCAGCUACGAGUACACGGACAUCCCCUUCCACAACCAGUACUUCCACAUCUCCAUGCUGGACUACAACGCCAGGGACAGGGCGCUCUACGCCUGGAACAAUGGCCACCAGGUCCUGUUCAACGUCACCCUCUUCCACAUCAUCAAGACCGAGGACGACACAUAA